AUGAAGUUAUUCAGUAUUUUAAUACUUCUAACUUUCACGGGUGCACAGUGGCUUUAUCACCCCAAGCCCUCGGCUAUCGUUCCGUGGAAACCUCACAACGCCACCAGCGUCGGCAACAGUGGGAUAUACAAGAACCAGUACUAUCUAGCCGAUCGCAGCGACGCUGCUGUUCAAGUGAUUAAUAUCACUUCCACAAAACACGUUGUAACAAUCCGCGGAUUCCGAGGUCUAGUACCCCAUCCACGAAACACGUCCUAUGCUAAGGAAACGGCGAAAAGCAAUCUAGAGCAAUCAGGGCCAAAUGGAAUAGCCAUCCUUCCAGACAAGUCUGAGUUGUAUGUUGGAGAUGGGGAUGGGACAGUCCGAGUGAUAAGUUUGGUAAAUAACAGCAUUGUGGCUAAUAUAUCAACCGGGGCAAGACGGCGUACCAGUGCCGUGGCGUACUGCGAAGGGGCAGGCAUCAUCUUCGUGACGGAUCCUAAUAUCGAAGAAAAUCGCCCACAAGGAUUUUUUAUUGACCCGCUAGAAAGACAAGUUGCCGGCCAAGUGACGUUUAACAGCGUCAACACCAACACCCUUAUCCGCGGCCAUCAUGUCACCAGCAGCCUGAGCCAAAUCGCUUUCAAACCAGGUACCGAUCGCUUCUACGUUUCCAGCCGUUCAACCUAUGUAAACCCCGGUGGUGAGAUUAUCGAAGUCGAUCCGUUUACCAUGUCGAUCAGCAACAUACUUGGUUUAGACAACUGUUAUCCCCUCGAUGUGGUAUUUUGCCCUAACGGCAACUUAUUUGUCGGUUGUAGCAGUGUGCAAGAAUUGAGCUCACCGUUAGUCAAUGGAUCCACGGGAUACAGUCUCAUUAUUGAGCCCUCGAAGCACUGGUCAAUCGUUGGAAAUGUGUCCGGUGUUUCUGGAGUCUACCAAGCCGCUUACAGCUCAGGUCUAGGCGCUUACUUCGCCGCCGCGUAUCGCGAACGAACGGUGAAAAUAACUAGUGGUAACAGCAGCAAUGAUACUACUCCCCAUGAGAUAUGGAGAUCUGCCCCGCAACUGGCCAUCAUAAAUUCGACCACGCACCAGGUACAACAAUGGAUUGAGACCGAUAAUAGAACUGGCCGUACGGUAGCAGUCGACCCAGCAACGCAAAAGCUUGUUGUGCCACUGAGAAGAGGAAUAACAAUUUAUCAACUACAGAGCAACGCUACAGAGUAUUGGAAGAAGAGUGUUGCAGCGAGGACUGUUCUAGAUUCGUAUGUUGGCGUUUUGCCGCUGGUUUUUGCUAUUGCUGCUUUUUUUCUAUAG